CUUAUGCUACGUCACUUUGUGUAAACUACAAAUACCACAAUUCCAUUGCUGGGCGAAAAGUUUCUCACUAAAUUUGGUAUAACCUGUCCUAUACUGUAAAUUGCUGCUACAUACACUUUGCGAACAUGUAAAAAUAUAUUAUAUAAGCUUGCAAUCCAAAUGCAUGCUCAUGUAGCCUACGAGCGACCAUGGCAUAUCCCACGCACAGACCGGAUAUUUUUCGUUGGAAAACGACGAAGACUAAAACGCCAGGCAGUAAUAAUAAGGUGCAGCUGAAUGAGAAUGACAUAAAGCAGUGGGUGAAGAGGGUGGAGAAGGCUUCAGAGUUUGCUGUAGCUGAGGUGUUUUCCAUCAAGAAACCAUGUGGUGGUAAAAACAGUAUGACGCUGCAGACUGUAGAGCAGCUACAGGAUCAUGAUGAUGCGUACAGUGAAGCUCAGUCCAUUCUAAGUGAAUGGAUGAACCAGAAGUUACGUCUGGAGCUUGAAAUGGGCGAUGACGAGGAGGAAGAGGAGAUGGAAGAAUCCAAACAACUUGUUAAAACCACACAAUCCAGCUAUAAUAACUUUGAUGACAUGUACUUUCACCUAGCACAGGAAGAGGAGAACUCUGUAGUGCACAAUUUCCUCCAGGACCUGAUGGAAACCGAGGUUUUGGACAUGGGGAUAGUGGAGGACCUUAAAGUAAACUCUAAUCAGAAUAAGAAGAGAUGGAGGGACCCUAGUAUUACCAUGGAGGUGCGUCACAAGCAGGUAAAGGAGAACCGCACGCGCAGAGACGCUGAACGUGACAAACUGCAAAAAGAAAAGGAAGCGCUAAGGGAGGCGCGAGAGGAGGCAUGGCAACUGGAAAAGGAGAAGCAGCGAAAGAAGCGGCAGGAGGCACGCAGACAAGAAGAACUGAUUCAGCAGGAGAUGAUUCGCCUACGCAGAGAGAUGGAGGAGAAGAGGAGUGUGGAGCAGCUUGCACGAAACAUGGAGAGGGAAAGGCUUCAGAAACAAAGGGCCACUGAAAACUCUCUCAUUCCAAAACAUCAUAAUUCCACACAGAAGAAACAGAACAAAGACCUUCAACUUAAGCUGAAGAAACUGGAAGCCAAAGUUCACCUUCUCAAUUUGCAGUGCAUGCACAGGCAUUUUACGGCAUGGUACUCAGUGAUAUUGGAAAGAAGGGUGCGCAUGGGGAAGGCAGCGGCGCUGUGUGAUUGGAGGAGGCAGCUGAAAGCGUGGCGGGCAUGGCGGGCUCUCGUCUGGGCCAGAAGAGAGGAGAAAGAGGCUGAAAGGACUGAAGAGGAGCUAAGACUGGAGCACAGGCGCUGUCAGCAGGCAGUGGAGAGUCACCGCAGGAGGCUUUUGAGGCACUGCCUCAGUGAUUGGCGUGUGUGGUGUCAAGUAGAACGGCAUCGCAAGGAGCUUCUCCAACAACAAGAAACAACUCGGCAGAAAAUGGCUGCUUUGAUCAAUGCGGCAGCUUCUAGGAAACUAGGGGCAGAAAAAUCUCCACCAGUUACUAAUACACCUGAAACACUCAGUCCUACACUAACAAAGAGUGCCUCGGGGGGAAACUCCAGCAGCCACACCAACCAAACAGCAGCUCUUCCCCAUCCUGCAGUACAAGCCAUGGAGGAACGAGCACAGCAGCGCGCUGAGCACAGGAGAGAGAUAGAGGAGCGGAGGAGACAAAAGCAGGAGGAGAAACUGGCUCAAAUGAAGGCAGCUGAGGAGGAAAAACUCAGAGCUGAGGAAGAGGAGAAACUAAAGGAGAUAGAGAGGAAGAAGGAAGAGAAGAGGCAGCAAAGAAAGAGGGAACUUGAGAAACAGAAGAGAGCAGAACGGGAACAGGAACUGUCAAAGCGGGCGGCCCAGCACUACCUCAGAACCCUGUUACUGCGCCGAGGCCUGGCACCAUGGAAAAGCCUGCUGGAGCAAAGCCAUGUCAACACACAGAGCGCGGUGGAUCAUUACACAGUGGCUCUGCAGAGACGCUGCUUCUGCUCCUGGCUUCAGUCUGUGGAUGAGGCCCAUGCAGAGAGAGAGGCCAGCGCCAACCAGCUGUAUCACCGGAUCUUACUUCAGAGGGCUGUGUGUAGCUGGAAAAGGCUAAAAGAUCUGCGCUUUAUACUGGAAGCACGAGCCGAGCGGUUUCACAGGACACGGACCCAGAGGAAGGUGUUCAUGGCCCUGCUGGAUCACGCUACAGAGGAGCAAAUCACAGCCUGGGACAAUGAGCAACGGGCAGAGCAGCACAACAGCAGGAGAGCUGUCAAGAAGUGUUUUGCUGGCUGGAGGCGACUUCCUGUUGUCUUGCGAGAAGAGAAGGAAAGAGAGGCACGCAGAGAGCAGCUCAGACGUAAAGUGGCGGAGAUUUUGCCCGACUUCCGCUCCUCCCCUAUGGACUCCCUGUGGCGCUCCGUAAAUCCUCUUUAACGGCACACACACACACACACAUAGGCUUUACAUGACAUCAAAUGACAUUGAAAACAUCUGCAGCUUGAUGAGCCUCUGUGUUUAAUCAUUUUACGCUCGUUUAUUUUUCCAUGCUAGUUUAAUUGAACUACUUGUAGAAUGAAAUGCAUUACAUUAUAAAGCCGUCUCACAUGAGACAAAUGAACUUCCCGAUUCUGAA